AUGUUCAGUUUUGAGCCUCACUUGAACUCGUUUCUCAAGACCACAUCCAAAUCGUUCAAGCUGCUCUUUGCAACGAAUAACCAGUUUGUUCUUCCAAUAACAAAUCGUAUCCUUGUAUUGGACUCGUCAUUCAACCCCCCUCAUAAAGGUCACUUAUCAUUGGUAGCCAAGUCCCUCACACAUAAAUUAGGUGAUGAAUCAACCGCUCACAGCAGCGUGAACUCAAGGUCAGUGCUAUUAGUACUCUCAGUUAAAAAUGCCGACAAGCAACCACAACCUGCCAAGUUCGAAGACCGCCUUAAAAUGAUGUACUACUUGGCUCAUGAAAUUACUGAUCAAUUGGGAGUCUCUUGCGCUAUCGGAAUCACCAAUUGCUCCCUUUUUGUGGAUAAAGCUCUGACUUUAGAGGAGUAUUUCAAAAGAGAAUACACAGACCACUUGAGGUUUACCUUCCUGCUUGGCUAUGAUACUCUUAUUAGACUUCUGGCUCCAAAAUACUACGAGCCUCGUUCUUUGCAAGACGCUUUAGGAGGGUUUUUCAACACGAGCGACUGUUUCGUAUUGACAAGGAAUGACGGUAACCAUCCUCUGGAAUCCCAGAUGCAAUACCUUGAGAGAAUGAAAAAAGGCCUGGUAGCAGACACACCACCUACUUGGGCAGAUAAAAUCUUCUUAGCCCAGGGAGAUGCUCAUACGGAUAAUCUCAGCUCAUCAAGCAUAAGGAAGCUCAUUCAAUCUGGAGACAAUAGCUGGAUUACGAAAACAACACCGAACAUAGCUAGUUUCAUCACCGAAGAACAUCCUUACGAUGACAUCCAUACACCACUAUAG